AUGUUGAUGCCUAAGAAGAACCGGAUUGCCAUUCAUGAACUCCUUUUUAAGGAGGGAGUCACGGUGGCCAAGAAGGAUGUCCACAUGCCUAAGCAGCCAAAACUGGCAGACAAGAAUCUGCCCAACCUUCAUGUCAUGAAGGCCAUGCAGUCUCUCAAGUCCCGAGGCUACGAGAAGGAACAGUAUGCCUGGAAACAUUUCUACUGGUACCUUACCAAUGAGGAUAUCCACUAUCUCCGUGAUUACCUUCAUCUACCCCCGGAGACUGUGCCUGCCACUCUACGCCGCAGCCGUCCAGAGACUGGCAGGCCUCAGCCUAAAGGUCUGGAGGGUGAGCGACCUGCAAGACUCACAAGAGGGGAAGCCGACAGAGAUACCUACAGGUGGAUUGCUGUGCCUGCUGAAUUUUUUUCACAUCUAAACAGGAAAGCCGAGGCUGGGACUAGGUCAGCAACCAAAUUCCAUUUUAGAGGCAGAUUUGGUCGUGGACAUGGUCAGCCACCUCGGUAA